AGCUUCCUUUUGCGUCUUCUUUCCUAGCUAGCUCAUUGUCCUCUCGAAACUCAAACAGCAUUUCCCAACUCUCCAACAAUGGUGAGAGCUCCGUGCUGCGAGAAGAUGGGGUUGAAGAAAGGGCCGUGGACUCCCGAAGAGGAUCACGUUCUCGUCUCUUACAUUCAGCAGUACGGCCAUGGCAACUGGAGGGCGCUUCCCAAACUCGCCGGGUUGUUGAGGUGUGGGAAGAGUUGCAGGCUCCGGUGGACGAAUUAUCUGAGGCCGGAUAUCAAGAGAGGGAAUUUUAGCAGGGAGGAAGAGGAGGCCAUCAUCAAUUUGCAUCAAAUGUUGGGGAAUAGAUGGUCAGCAAUUGCAGCAAGAUUGCCGGGUCGCACAGACAAUGAAAUAAAAAACGUUUGGCACACCCACUUGAAAAAGAAGCUCAACAUCAAGCAGAGUCCUACCACGCCAGAAGCACUAGGUCAAGUAUCCGAACCCGAAUUACCUAAACCCGAAGAUGCUUCAUGUCAUGCAAAAUCCGAAAGCUUCGAAUAUGGCCCGGUUUCUCCACCUCAAUGUACUACUUCAAGUGCUGAUGAUACUUCCUCCUUCACCACCAGUGAGAACAACAACAGUAGUAGUGCUAACAUGGGCAUGAACGUCGACUACGAAGUGAGUUUGCCCGAAGCAGACGAGAGUUUUUGGUCAGAAGUACUAUCAGCUGAUCAUAACAGUCCCAAUGAGUUAGUGAGUAGCCAUUUUGGUGAUCAGGCGAUUGGUGCAGCUGAAAAUCCACAAGUGAACACAAGUAUGGAUUAUGGUUUUAGCGGCUCAAAUAUGUACGAAAACUGCAUGGAUUUUUGGUACGAUGUUUUCACAAGAGCGGGGGAAAUUCCAGAAUUGCUAGAUAUAUGAAUACGGUCGAUCAGGAAUGUUGUUUUGUAGUUUUGUUUUCAUUUAGUUGGGAACAUGGAAUUUAAGGUGUUGCUCAUGCAAGUCCGAACUCUUUGACCCUUAAAAAUGAGGCUAUACGCGUUUCAACGCUGCACAA